CGAGCGUCAAGAAUGCGCGCGACAAAACACAGAAACGUUGAGUUUUUAAUAACAUUAGCUUUUUGAUUCACUAUAAAGAGGAUUUACUUUGCAAACGAAGGUAUUUGAAAUAUAUUAGUGUAAUAAGCCUGGAGCUACAGCUUCUACUUUAACGAGAACAUAGAUCUACGCACGGACAGCCUCUUUUUUCCAUUUAAACUUUGUAUUUUUUCACCGCAGAGUAACGUUAGCUAUGUAGCAUAGCAUAGCUUCCGUCGAAUGCUAGCUAGCUCUCUCGAUAUUUAAGAAAUAACCACCAGACUUCAGUUGCGGCGACCAAAGCAAACAUCACCACGAGGAAACACGUUGCUCCGAGGUCAACUUACCGGAAAACUCCCCGGAUGAGUGGACGACGAAGGCCCUGAUCAAUCGCGCUGCUCGCGUGCUAAACGUGGCUAAAGUUAGCUGACGUGAAAACUGAUUUCUUAGGAAAAAGUCUAACGAACGAAACAUGUUUGGUUCCUCGAGAUCUGGAGGGGUCCGAGGAGGCCAGGACCAGUUCAACUGGGACGACGUGAAAGUCGAUAAACACAGAGAAAAUUAUCUCGGGAACUCUUUGAUGGCACCAGUAGGACGAUGGCAAAAAGGCAAAGAUCUGACAUGGUAUGCAAAAGACAAAAAAGGCGGUGCACCCUUGACCAAAGAAGAGGAACUUGCUGCCGUCAAGGCUGCAGAACAUGAGGCAUUGAUGGCUGCUCUAGGGCACAAGAAUAUAAAGAGGCAACCAACUGGCCUGACAAAAGAGGACCUGGCUGAUGUUUGUAGGAGGGAAGAAGCUGAUGGCGAGGAGAGAAAUGUGGACCGGAUCUCAGGCUUGGGAAGCUCCAGUGUAGGGUCACGGAAAAUGGUGCUCUCCCAAAAGGAAAAGGAGGCUGCUAAAAUGGGCUUACCAGUUUUUACACACCAUAAGACAGAGGGUCGUCCAAAAACCUCAUCAACAAAGACAACUGAGAGUGUAGAAAAGGAGGAGAUGGAACAACGGCACGAGAGCAAAAAGAAGAAGAAAGAAAAGAAGAGCAAAAAGGAGAAAAAGAAGAAGGAAAAGAAGAAGAAAAGGCAAAGAAGAGACUCAUCUUCCUCUGAAUCAGAUGACAACAGAAAGAGGCACAGAAAGGACCACCAUCAUCAUAAUCCAUCAUACCAUAGUCAGAGUGGAGCCAGACCCCAUGACAGCCAUUCAAGGGGGGGAGCAAAGGCAGAGCGACAGCCCUCCUACCCCCAUCAUCGACAGCAGCGGCACGACACAGACUCCUCCGAUGGGGGGUCUCCUGUCCCCCGUAACCCUGCCAGCCACAAGACGGCCCCUGGUGGUGCCACACAAAGCCACAGGCGGCGCCACGACACAGACUCGGACGACUAAUGUCCUCCCCACCCCCUCAUUCAAAGACGCAUUAUGCGGACAGAGCGCUCUACAGCAGCUUGACUGGCCCUGAAGACCUCAUUUACCCUGGACAGCCAAAUGAGCUGUGGAUGGUUACAGGUCGAUGUGUCUAAAUAACAGGCUUUGACCACACGUUUGAAAUUUUUCACCCAAUGAGUUGUUUUUUCGUGUAAUUUUUGAUUAUGUUUGACAACAAGUUAGUUUUCAACACAUUCUAUGUGAUUAAACCACCAAAUAUCACAUUUGAUGUAUUGUGAUAGGUUGUCAAUUUUAGUUUUAUUUCAUUAAUGCAAUAUAAAAUAUUUUUGCAAAGCAAACACAACGA